AUGGCCCACUCAACGCGCUUCGCUGUUCUCGCAGUCGCCGCGCUCCUCCUCGCGCUGCUCCCCGAGCGGCAUGCGGCGCCCGCAGCCGCCGAUCUCUGCGCGCUCUCGGGCCUUCCGCCGAAGAAGCCCGUCGUUCCGCCGCACCGGUGCCCCGCGGCGGCGGAGCUGUCAUGCUGCGCGGACUGCGCGGACACGAAUCGCGCGCUGCAGCUCGUGUCGUCGACCCUCGACGAUGUCGCGCAACGGAUCGACCCCAAUAUCCCCGGCAGCGGCAUAAUAGAUCUCACCCCUAUGGUGUGCGACGCGUUUCAGCCGUACCCCCAGUGCAUGCUCAUGAUUGAAAAGAUAAUCUGCGGCGCCACGUGCAACCCAGAUUCAGGAACCUACGUAGUGAAGAAGGGGGGAGAGAUCAUUAUGACUGUCUGCCAGGAAUUCGCGAAUACCGCCUACAAAGCAUGCAAGGACGUCGAAAUCCAGGGCGUGGCAAUGAAUCAGCUCAUCCCCGACGUUCAAAACAUGAUGGUCUAUGUGACCAACUACAUUGCAAAUUUCAUGGGUAUUGAGAACUUCAGCAUCGCCAUCGGUACUCGACCAUGCCUCACGGGAGCCGCAGCCGCGCCAACCUACACCCCCUGCUGCGAUCCCCUCGCCGUCGACCCCAAGUGUCCCCCGGGGGCUGUUGACAAAGUCGCGUACGCGCCCUACAUCAACCGCACCAUUGAUUCUGCCACCUGCAUGUCGGGUGCUCCCCAGCCUGCCCCUGCCCCGUCCCCUCCUCGGGACGCUCCUGCUCCCCCUGCGCCUGGAGCUGCUGCGCCUGCACCCUCUCUGAUUUCUCCGGGUGCGCCGGCCCCCUCUGUGAUUGCUCCUGGUGCGCCGGCUCCUGCUCCGCCUGCACCCACUGCAGGCGUGCCAGGAGCGCCCAGUCCGCCUGCCUCGCCUAGCCCCACGCCUGCGAGCCCCUCGUUCCCUCCCCCUCCGCCCAAGGCUGGGGCUGGUUCUGCUGCUUCGGUGAUGUCGGUGGUGGCUCUGGCGGUUGGCGCUGCAGCAGUGUUGGUGUAA